CACGCAAACGUAACCUCAAACACCACUAGCUGGAACUUUAAUUUUUCAUAUAAAAUCAUCCGAAAAUUGCUUCAACCAGUUCUCCAUCGACUAGAAUCCCACGAAAUUGCAGUUAAAGCACACAUCAAUUAACACCGGGUAACAGUUACAAAGUGGACUAUGGAGCUCUGGUGAAGAGAAAGGUGACUGAAGUGCCGGCGGCCAUAUUCGUAUCUUUAAAUGGUCGAAUCAAGAAAAAAAUGACGUCACAUCACUCGACGCAACCGUGGGAGCUAGGAUUGCGUUUAUCACCAAGACUUUAGCCCGGUCUUAGCGUGAUAAAAAAAGCGCUUGAUCAAUAUCCGAUCGGGGAAAACCAUCCUAAGUUAUCACAGAAUUUUUCCACUUAGAAUCUUGAACAGGCUGCAAUAAUGUCAGUUUCUAUAAGUGAGAUAUGCGAAAACACAAAACUAGCUAGGGAAAUGGCUUUGAUGGGAAAUUAUGACACAUCCGGUGUAUAUUACCAAGGUGUCAUUCAGCAGAUACAUAGGCUUCUCACUACGAUAGGUGACACGACUCGCAAAGGGAAAUGGCAAGUUGUGCAGCAUCAAAUCGCUCAAGAGUUUGAAAAAGUUAAAGCAACUUCAAACACCUUACAGCUUUUUAAAAUUGAUACUCAUGGAGAAAGAUUAGUCGGAGGAUCAUCUUGUUUAUCGACUUUCGAAGAGCCUACACGGGAUCCAACUUCGUGGACUUUCGGUGAACUUCGUGAACCUAGUAUGUGGCCAUCUGCACCACCAAGAGAUCCUGACGUCUGGCCUCCUUUGACUCCUGCAGAACAAAAAAAUGCUCGGCCUCAAAAAAAUCAAAAACAAUCAAUUCGCUCAAAUGUUCGUAAAUCCUCGAUUCCACCUGGGAAAAAACAAGAAAGCAAAACUAAUUCUAAAAAAGACGAUAAAAGACCGACCAAGAAAGAUGACUCUGUUAAGGAUAAAAGUGACUCUGAGAAAAAAGAAGUUGAAGUGGAAGACCGCAAAUUUGAGCCAGCUGGAAAUGACAGAGAUCUUGUAGACAUGCUCGAACGAGAUAUUGUACAAAAGAAUCCAAACAUUCACUGGGACGACAUAGCAGAUCUUUAUGAGGCAAAGCGAUUGCUGGAAGAAGCUGUUGUCUUGCCAAUGUGGAUGCCAGACUUCUUCAAAGGAAUACGAAGGCCUUGGAAAGGUGUGCUAAUGGUUGGCCCGCCUGGUACAGGAAAAACAAUGCUUGCAAAGGCUGUGGCCACAGAAUGUGGAACAACAUUUUUCAAUGUCUCUUCAUCAACGUUAACAUCAAAAUACAGAGGAGAGUCAGAGAAAUUAGUACGCUUACUUUUUGAAAUGGCCAGAUUUUACGCUCCUAGUACCAUAUUCAUUGACGAGAUAGACUCACUGUGUUCAAGAAGGGGCUCGGAAUCUGAACAUGAAGCAUCUCGUCGUGUAAAGUCUGAACUCCUUGUACAAAUGGACGGAGUCAAUUCGAACAGUGAAGAUCCGAGCAAAGUUGUGAUGGUACUUGCCGCUACAAACUUUCCUUGGGAUAUAGAUGAAGCACUACGACGGCGAUUAGAGAAACGCAUUUACAUACCUCUGCCUAACAACGAAGGUAGAGAAGCCUUGCUGAAGAUAAAUCUUCGCGAGGUCAAAAUAGACCCAGAAGUAAAUUUGACUGACAUUGCCAAAAAACUCGAAGGCUAUUCAGGCGCAGAUAUAACCAAUGUUUGCAGAGAUGCGUCUAUGAUGUCCAUGCGCAGAAAAAUUGCUGGUCUAAGGGCAGAUCAAAUUAGGCAGUUACCUAAAGAAGAGCUCGACCUGCCUGUGUCUGUGCUAGAUUUUGAAGAAGCUGUUGAGAAAUGCAACAAAAGUGUGUCGCAAGAGGAUCUUGAGAAAUAUGAGAAGUGGAUGAAUGAAUUUGGAUCAUCUUGAUAAUCCUUAUACAAAAAAUGAAAAUAUAGUAUAAAUUAACUACCUAACACGGACAUCGUAACGACUAAUGAGUAUUGUUAGAAUAUUUUUUACAUGUACCUAUCACAUUUAUGUUUGAUCGUUCAAAUUUUAUAACAGAAAAAAAUAGAUUAUUAUUUAGUGCCUAUGUUUAAAUUUUGAGUCGUUACCAGAAAAUUAAAUAUUUAUUUUUGAACUGUGCGACGUUACAAGUGAAAUCCUGUGCAUGGUUUGGUACUCAACUUACAGGAAUGUGUGAUUUGCGACUGUAAAUUGGUUGAAAUUCUGUUUUAAUUAGGACAAACAUUUGAGUGUUGUGUAGCAAGUACCGUAUUCUUCCAAGUAUAAGAUGACCCAAAAUUCUGAUACAUUAUUUCAGGGUGUUUUUCUUAGUUACCCGCACAUAAGACGGAUCCGCGUACAACAUGAGGAUGAUUUUGGCGGGUACUG